UCGGGCAGGAAGCAGCAGCUGCUGCCGCACAUUUCCCUGCCUUGCAGGAGGAUUUUUCCAGCCCGGGAGGAAGAAUUGGAUGAAGCGGGACAGGGCUGAGCUCCCCCCCAGCACAGAUUGAGGACAGCCCUGCCUCGCUCAGGCUCUGAGGACUGCAAGCCCUAAAAAUGGGAAAAUCCCAAAUUUUCCCCUCCAAGCCCUGCGUGCUGCUGCUGCUGCUGGCCGAGCUGAGCCGCGCCCAGUACGAGCUCUGGCCGUACCCUGGCUACCCCGAGCCAUCCCCCCAGGUCUUCCAGCCCCAACAGAGAGCCUCAAACGUGCCCAAAAUCCAGCUGAGGCUGGCAGGGCAGAAGAGGAAGCACAACGAGGGCAGGGUGGAGGUGUUCUACGGCGGAGAGUGGGGCACCGUGUGCGACGACGACUUCUCCAUCCACGCCGCCAACGUGGUGUGCAGGGAGCUGGGCUACGUGGAGGCCGUGUCCUGGCUGCCCAGCUCCAAGUACGGAAAAGGAGAAGGGAAGAUCUGGCUGGACAACGUGCACUGCACGGGCAGGGAGAGCAGCCUGGCCGCCUGCGGCUCCAACGGCUGGGGCGUCAGCGACUGCAAGCACAGCGAGGACGUGGGCGUGGUGUGCAGCGAGAAGAGGAUCCCUGGCUUCAAGUUUGACAACUCCCUGAUUAAUCAAAUCGAGAACAUGAACAUCCAGGUGGAGGACAUCCGCAUCCGCGCCAUCCUGGCCACCUACCGCAAGCGCGUGCCGGUCACCGAGGGCUACGUGGAGGUGAAGGAUGAAGGCACCUGGAAGCAGAUCUGUGACAAGCACUGGAGCAUGAAGAAUUCCCGAGUGGUGUGCGGGAUGUUCGGCUUCCCCAGCGAGAGGAAAUACAACACCAACGUCUACAAGAUGUUUGCCAGCCGGAGGAAGCAGCACUACUGGCCUUACUCCAUGGAGUGCAGCGGCAGCGAGGCGCACAUUUCCAGCUGCAGGCUGGGCGCACAUCUGGCGGGCGCGGGGCAGAACAGCAGCUGUGCGGGCGGGAUGCCAGCCGUGGUCAGCUGCGUGCCCGGCCGCGCCUUCGCCCCCAGCAGCCACAGCGGCUUCCGAAAAGCCUUCAGGCAGGAGCAGCCCCUGGUGAGGCUGAAAGGAGGAGCCAACACGGGCGAGGGCAGGGUGGAGGUGCUCAAGAACGGCGAGUGGGGCACGGUGUGCGACGACAGCUGGAACCUGGUGUCGGCCAGCGUGGUGUGCCGCGAGCUGGGCUUCGGCAGCGCCAGGGAGGCCAUCACGGGCGCCAGGCUGGGCCAAGGAAUGGGUCCCAUCCACCUGAACGAGAUCGAGUGCACGGGCUUUGAGAAGUCGGUCACGGACUGCAAGUUCAACACCGAGUCCCAGGGCUGCAACCACGAGGAAGAUGCUGCUGUGAGGUGCAACGUGCCAGCCAUGGGCUUCCAGAACCAGCUUCGCCUGAGCGGGGGCCGCAACCCCUACGAGGGCCGUGUGGAGGUGCUGGCCGAGCGCAACGGGACCCUGAGGUGGGGCACGGUCUGCAGCCACAACUGGGGCACCGUGGAGGCCAUGGUGGUGUGCAGGCAGCUGGGGCUGGGCUUUGCCAGCCACGCCUUCCAGGAAACGUGGUACUGGCACGGGGACGUGAGCGCUGACGACGUGGUGAUGAGCGGGGUCAAGUGCUCGGGGACGGAGAUGUCCCUGUCCCACUGCCGGCACGACGGGGCCCACGUGUCCUGCCCCAGGGGAGGGGGGCGCUUCGGGGCCGGCGUGUCCUGCUCGGAGACCGCGCCCGACCUGGUGCUGAACGCGGAGCUGGUGGAGCAGACGGCGUACCUGGAGGACAGGCCCAUGUUCCUGCUGCAGUGCGCGCUGGAGGAGAACUGCCUGGCCAGCUCGGCCGCCAACACCUCGCUGACCUCGGGCUACCGGCGCCUGCUGCGCUUCUCCUCGCAGAUCCACAACAACGGCCAGUCCGACUUCCGGCCCAAGAACGGGCGCCACGCCUGGGUGUGGCACGACUGUCACCGGCACUACCACAGCAUGGAGGUGUUCACCCACUACGACCUCCUGAACCUCAAUGGCACCAAGGUGGCCGAGGGACACAAGGCCAGCUUCUGCCUGGAGGACACGGAGUGCGAAGCAGAUGUGCAGAAGCAGUACGAGUGUGCCAAUUUUGGGGAGCAGGGGAUCACGGUGGGCUGCUGGGACGUUUAUCGGCACGACAUCGACUGCCAGUGGAUCGACAUCACUGACGUCCCCCCCGGGGAUUACCUCUUCCAGGUCGUGAUCAACCCCAACUACGAGGUGGCAGAGUCGGAUUAUUCCAACAACGUCAUGAAAUGCCGGAGCCGCUACGACGGGCAGCGCAUCUGGAUGUACAACUGCCACAUAGGCGGUUCCUUCAGCGAGGAGACGGAGCAGAAAUUCGACCACUUCAGGGGACUCACAAAUAACAACGUGUCCGCCCGGUAGAAUUCCCACUAAUUUAAGGAAGCCAGGACUGCUCCGGCCCUUCCCGAACCACUGCACCCCCAGGACAUCGAGCCUCAACCAAACUCUCAAUUCCAGGUGGAUCAUUCCAGAAAAAAUUCCUCUCCCUGCCCAGUUUAGGUGCUCAACCACCCCUCGGUGCCUCCUGCAAUUCCAGCUCUUCAUCGUUCCAAAGAUUUUCCUGCACUCAGGUCCCAAAAAAUGUCUUUAUCCUUCAUUUCCAAGGCAUGAUUUGGGAAUUUUUCAGCUCUUUUUUUCCACUCCCAACGCCUCUGUUUGUGCUGCUGCUUCCUGCACUCGGCUCCUCCUCAGCAGCAAGGGAAUACAAGGAAAGGAAAAGGAAAAAAAUGAAAGGAAAAAAGGAUAAAAGGAAAAAUGGAAAAAUGGAAAAAAUGGAAAAAUGGAAGAAAGGAAAAAAGGAGCAGCUUUUUGUGAGCAGAACAGUGUAAAGCUGAAUUUAAUACUGCAGUGAAACGCUCGGAUCCAACAACCGCCAAUCUCCGGAGGGGAGCAAACGCAGAACGCGGAAUUUCACAGGGAAUCUCACAGGGAAUCUCUCAUGGAAUUUCAUUUCACACAGAAUUUCACAGAAUUUCAUUUCACAUGGAAUUCCACACGGAAUCUCUCAUGGAAUUUCAUUUCACACGGAAUUCCACACGGAAUCUCUCAUGGAAUUUCAUUUCAUGUAGAAUUUCACAUGGAAUUUGACAUGGAAUUUCAUUUCACCUAAAAUUUCACUAAAAUUUCAUAUGUAAUUUCAUUUCACAUAAAAUCUCUCAUGGAAUUUCAUUUCAUGUAAAAUUUCACAUGGAAUUCCACAAGGAAUUUCAUUCCACAUGGAAUUUCACAUGGAAUUUCAUUUCACAUAAAGUUUCACAUGGGAUUCCACACGGAAUUUCAUUUCACAUGGAAUUUCACAUGGAAUUUCAUUUCACAUGGAAUUUCAUUUCACAUAAAAUUUCACAUCAAAUAUUACAUGGAAUUUCAUUUCACAUAAAAUUCCACAUGGACUUUCAUUUCAUGUGGAGUUUCACAUGGAAUUCCACAUGGAAUUUCAUUUCACAUGGAAUUCCACAUGGAAUUUCAUUUCACAUGGAAUUUCACAUAAAAUUUCAUUUCAUAUAAAGUUUCACAUGGAAUUCCACAUAGAAUUUUACAUGGAAUUUCAUUCCACAUGGAAUUUUACAUGGAAUUUCAUUCCACAUGGAAUUUCACAUGGAAUUCCAUUUCACAUAAAAUUCCACAUGGAAUUCCACACGGAAUUUCAUCUCACAGGGUAUCAGACCCCUCAGCACCCAGAACUUUGCAAUUCCCCAGGUCUGAGGUCUCAGAGCUGGGAAUUUCCAUCCCACAGGGAUCCUCAAAUUCCAGAAUCACCUCCUCACCAGAUUUUACAUCAUUUUUUUUUUUCCCCAAGGAUAAAUUAGGAUAUUUUAUCCUUGUGAAAAUUCCUGCCUCUCAUCCCCAGGGAUCUGCUCCUGUGGGAAUUC